AUGCCGUCCAAGCCAACAGCAAAAUGGCUCUGCCAUUGGUGCCUUCUCAUGCUGAGCGCCAGCGGACUAGCACAGCCUAUCGACAAUAUACAUGGAACUGAUGACACGAGCUCUUCACAGCCAAAUAUAUUCCAACGGCAAAAGACGAUAGUUCAAGCCAAGAGAAGAAUAGUGCUGGAGGAGCCUUGCACGGCAAUGAUUAGGGAUAUAAUGGCAACUGCAGAUCGGGCAGACUUGCAAUGUGCGACGCCAUCGGGGAUGCUAUAUACGAUACCUCAAGUCGACAAAACAUGGAUUGAAGAGAAGCAACUGAAUCAUGAACUCAUUAGUGGUGUUAGCCAAAUCGAUCUCCCCCCCAAAACACUAAUCGACGUGGAAACACAGACGCUAGUACUGUAUUCCGAACCAAUCUUACGAAACCCUACGUCUCGUGACUCCAUUAGAGGUCCGCGGAAACUGGCAACUGCUGACAAAGCCAAAGGAACAAAAACAGUUCUAGUGGUUCGUGUGGAAGCUACUGAUACUUCAACUUCACUGUCCGAGGCAGAGCUUGCAAGUGAUGUAUUCGGGGACGCGGGCGAUCCUAACAAUCUCCGAUCCCAGUAUCUUGCAUGCUCGUAUGACAAGUUUGAACUGACCAAAGCUUGGGGCAGAAGGGGGGUAUCUACGAACAUCGUGAACGGAAUAACUACCGUUCAGGUUCCUCUGUCCAAGUCAGCAGGCGAGGCUGCGAUACUGAAUGCCAUCAACUCGGAAAUGACAACCCAAUUCUCAACAAGAGUCUCGGAUCUAGCAGACUUUGUGAUGUUUUGUCUUCCUCCAGGCGUCAUGCAUCCAGAUGACAUUGCAUAUGCUCACAUGAAUGGAUAUCGAUCUGUCUACAAUGAUGUUGCAUGUCAGCAAGUUAGUACUCAACUUCAUGAGAUUGGCCACAAUCUGAACUUGAACCACAGCGGACGAGGGAAUUCUGAGUACGGAGACAAGAGCUGCAUGAUGGGCUUCUCAUACGACAAGGACGAUAUUCCAUACAUGUGUUUCAACGCCGCAAAGAGCUGGCAACUUGGAUGGUAUAGCGACAAAGCUUUUGCCGUGAAGCCUACACCUAGCGACAAGCAUGACUUUACAGUUGAGUUGAAUGGUAUUGUAGACUAUGGAGUCACAAACAAGCACGUUCUUAUCAAGAUUGAGCAGGAGCAAUCUACCUGGGCGUACUUUAUUAAUUACAAUCUUGCCAAGGGUAUGAAUAGGAGUACUCAACUGGGAAAAGACAGAGUGCUUGUAACGUUGAAAGACACCAGCGAUGAGGGAAACACCUCCAAUCUUAUCGCCGAAUUGAAGCUGGAUCAGAAGCUCACGAUCCGCAACUUCAAUGGAAGAGCUGGAGAAGAAUUGUCUGUUGAAUGGAAAUCAAUCACGAAUGAUGUAGCCAUAAUCUUCAUCGGAUUGACUGCACCGUCCAUUACGCAGUCACCCACCACCACCCCUUCAACCAGCCCUACUCUGGAACCUUCUCUGCUACUGUCACAAGCACCUUCAACUGCUCCCUCUCUCAGUCCUACUCUGGAACAUUCUCUGCUGCCAUCACAAACACCUUCGACUGCGCGCUCUCUCAGUCCAAGCCUGGAACCAACUCUUUUGCCUUCAAAAGCACCUUCAAUUUCGCCCUCUCUUAGCCCAAGCCUGGAACCAACUCUUUUGCCUUCACAGACGCCUUCCCUGUCACCAUCAAUUGAUCCCAGCAUGGAACCCUCCCCUGUGCCUUCAUUGUUGCCAUCAUUCAUGCCAUCUGAUCUUCCAAGCACGGUGCCAUCUCAAAAGCCUUCCUUGCUGCCAACAGAGGUAGACUCGACAGCACCGACACUGUCAGAAGAGCCAAGUGUUUCGAGUGCCCCAUCCCCUGCCCCAUCGCACUCGGACGAACCAACCGUCUCUGCAGUUCCAAGCCAGACGCCCUCCAUUUCCCCCUCUUCCACACCUACCAAGACACCAUCCACCGCCCCCUCACUCAAGCCAUCACAGAGUCCGAGUCUGGGUCCAUCUCAAAGCCCUUCAAGGGUCCCAAGUUUAGAUCCAUCUCAAAGCCCUUCAAUGUUUCCCAGCUUGGAUCCAUCAUUAAGCCCGUCGCAUAGUCCCAGCUUGGACCCGUCUCCAAGUCCAUCGCAGGGUCCCAGUCUGGAUCCAUCUCAAAGCCCUUCAAAUGUUCCCACCCUCAAACCUUCGCAACACCCAUUUCAAGGUCCAUCUCCCUCCUCCGUGCCCUCGACAAGACCACUAUUGAGCGAAACUGGUAGUCCCACCGUCAACCCAACUCAAGCUACUUCCGAGGUGCCUUCAUCUUCUCCAACCUUCAUUGCGUUGGAGCUGCAAACUACAAUGAAGCUACAAAUCCCAGGGGGCAUUCACUCCAGCACGAUUCUACAAAUGUGUGACGAAGUGGAAUCGCAUUUGGAUGCGAACAUGAAAUUGAUAUAUGGACCUGAGGUACAGACUUCUGUGGAGUGUCGCCCCGACGACCCAGAGCCGCAAGCCGCGAUCGACGGAAGCAACCGAAACGACCGGAGUGAAAACAUCUUCGACCAUAUUGGUGGGCCUGACAUCUUUGAUUUUGGUGGACUUGGGGGUGAUGGUGGUGACAGUGACGUGGAUGGUGAAGUUGGACGUUCAAUGACGGUCAAUGUUGUAGCGACAACUUUCUUCCCACAGAGGUCUGUUGCUCCUUUCCAAGCAGAUUUCGACACUUACAUCUUCAACAGUAUUGCCACCGAUAAAUUGAAUGUCCUUCCUCAAGGAUUCAAGAUGGAGUCAGACGAUUCGACAUACCCUCCAGUACUUCGUUUGGCAAUCUCGACAGGAACACAGGCAUCGAUGAGUCUUGGAUGUAUAAUCUGCUCAUCUCUCACUUUGCUAAUCCUUCUUGUAAAUUAA